AUGGCUUGGGAGCGGCCGUCCCAGGCCGACAUACACAGCGCGGUGCGCCUGUUGAUUGACAACCUCGUCAAAAUUAAAGAUGAAACGGGCAAAUUCCUCCUUCACCUCGACGACGGCCGUAUCAUUGAUACAAAGUCGUGGCAUGGCUGGGAAUGGACCCAUGGGAUUGGCCUGUACGGCGUGUGGAAAUACUACGAGAUCACCGGAGACCCCAACCUGCUCAAGAUCAUCGAGGACUGGUUCCAGAGGAGAUUCGCCGAGGGCGGUACCACCAAGAAUAUCAACACGAUGGCCCCGUUCCUGACUCUGGCAUAUGUAUAUGAGAAGACAGGCAAUCCGACUUAUUUGCCCUGGCUGGACGCGUGGGCCGAGUGGGCGAUGUACGACCUCCCCCGCACUCGCUACGGCGGCAUGCAGCACCAGACAUACAACACCGAGAACUACCAGCAGUUAUGGGACGACACGCUCAUGAUGACCGUCCUGCCGUUAGCCAAGAUCGGGAAGCUACUGAGUCGGCCGGAGUACAUUGCUGAAGCCAAGAGGCAGUUCCUCAUUCACAUCAAGUAUUUAUUCGACACGAAGACCGGGCUGUUCUUCCACGGCUGGACGUUCGAAGACGGCGGCCACAACUUCGCAGAUGCCCGAUGGGCUCGCGGAAACAGCUGGGUCACAAUCGCUAUCCCCGAGAUUAUCGAGUUACUGGAUCUCGACCCAGCAGACCCCAUUCGGUCGCACCUGAUUGCCAGCCUUGACGCCCAGUGCGAGGCGCUCGAGCGCAUGCAGUCGGAAUCCGGUGGCUGGCACACCGUCCUCGAUCACCCAGACUCUUACCUCGAGGCUUCGGCGACUGCGGGUUUUGCCUACGGCAUCCUGAAAGCUGUUCGGAAACGAUACCUCGGGCCCCAAUAUCGACAGGUGGCAGAGAAGGCGAUCAAAUCCGUUCUGGCUAAUAUCGACAGUAAAGGAGAACUUCAGAAUACCAGUUUUGGUACACCCAUGGGGGACACUGUUCAAUUCUACAAGGAGAUUCCCUUGACCUCCAUGCCAUACGGCCAAGCGAUGGCGAUCAUGGCGCUUGGUGAAUACGUCCGCACGUAUCUUUAA